GCUACGUCCGACGCCUCUGCAGUAGUCAACCUCUCGUUACCUGGUUAUCCAGGUCGUGACCCAGAGAUGCCCCCCUGGCAAGCUGUGCCUUGCAGCCCCGCGUGGGGACAUGGCACCAGCCGUGAACGGGCGUCUGUACCCGCGCCCGCACCGACACCUCCACGCCUGCAGGGCGCGCUGGUGCUGGGCGUCCUGCUGUUGAGCGCCAGCUGUGGUGCCAUCCACCUGGACGCGGCGCAGAGCCACAGCACGUUCACCUGCGAGCCCAUCGGCCUGCGCAUGUGCCAGGACCUGCCCUACAACACCACCUUCAUGCCCAACCUGCUCAACCACUACGACCAGCAGACCGCCGCGCUGGCCAUGGAGCCGUUCCACCCCAUGGUGAACCUGCAGUGUUCUGCGGACCUGCGUGCGUUCCUGUGUGCGCUGUACGCCCCGGUGUGUAUGGAGUACGGCCGCGUGUCCCUGCCCUGCCGCAGCCUGUGUGUCCACGCCAAGCGCGACUGCCACAAGCUCAUGGACAUGUUCGGAGUGGCCUGGCCCGACGAGAUGGACUGCUCCAGGUUCCCGGACUGUGACGAGUCGUACCCGCGCGCCGUGGACCUGCUGACCGCCGAGAGCCCGACGGAGGAGCCGGCCGUGUCGGUGCAGCGCGACUACGGCUUCUGGUGCCCGCGCGAGCUCAAGGUGGACCCCGAGCUGGGCUACUCCUUCCUGGGCGCGCGCGACUGCUCCGCCCCCUGCCCCAGCAUGUACUUCCGCCGCCACGAGCUGGCGUUCGCCCGCUACUUCAUCGGCGUGACGUCCGUCGUGUGCCUGUCGGCCACGCUCUUCACCUUCCUCACCUUCCUCAUCGACGUCACGCGCUUCCGCUACCCGGAGCGGCCGAUCAUCUUCUACGCCGUCUGCUACAUGAUGGUGUCGCUGGUGUUCUUCCUCGGGUUCCUGCUGGAGGACCGCGUGGCGUGCAACGCGGCCAGCCCCGGAACGUUCCGCGCCUCCACGGUCACCCAGGGCUCGCACAACAAGGCGUGCACGCUGCUGUUCAUGACGCUCUACUUCUUCACCAUGGCGGGCAGCGUGUGGUGGGUGGUGCUGACCGUCACCUGGUUCCUGGCGGCCGUGCCCAAGUGGGGCAGCGAGGCCAUCGAGAAGAAGGCGCUGCUCUUCCACGCCACGGCGUGGGGCAUCCCGGGGCUGCUCACCGUCACGCUCCUGGCGCUCAACAAGAUCGAGGGCGACGGCGUGAGCGGCGUGUGCUUCGUCGGCCUCCACGACGUCGCCACGCUGCGCUGGUUCGUGCUGGCGCCGCUCGGCGUGGACGUGGUGCUCGGCGUCGGGCUGCUGCUGGCGGGCAUCGUGGCGCUGAACCGGGUGCGGAUGGAGAUCCCGCUGGAGAAGGAGAACCAGGACAAGCUGGUCAAGUUCAUGAUCCGGAUCGGCGUGUUCUCCGUGCUCUACCUGGUGCCGCUGCUCACCGUCAUCGGCUGCCUGUUCUACGAGCAGAGCCACCGCCAGCUGUGGGAGACCACCUGGGUCAAGGAGCGCUGCAGGGACUACCACAUACCCUGCCCUUACCAGGUGGAGGAGACGGGUAAGCCCGACCUGGUGCUGUUCCUGAUGAAGUACCUGAUGGGGCUGGUGGUGGGCAUCCCCUCUGUGUUCUGGGUCGGCAGCAAGAAGACCUGCUUCGAGUGGGCCAGCUUCCUGCACGGCCGCCGACGCAAGGACAGCAGCGCCGUGAACGAAAGCCGCCAGGUGCUCCAGGAGCCGGACUUCGCCCAGUCCCUGCUGCUGCGUGACCCCACGACCCCGGUCAUCAGGAAGUCGCGGGGGACGUCGACGCAGGGCACCUCCACUCACGCCUCCUCCACCCACCUGGCCAUGGCCGACGAGGAGCGCAGCCGAGCGGGGAGCAUCCACAGCCGCAUCAGCAGUUACCACGGCAGCCUGCACCGCUCCAGAGACGGCAGGUACACCCCCUGUACGUACCGCGGCCCCGAGGAGCGACCUCCCUACGGCAGCAUGCCCCGCCUUAACGAGCAAGUCCCCUCUCGUCACGGCAGCGUCCAAGACCUGGUCGGCGGCCGACCGCGGCACGGCAGCCUGAGCCUCAGCCACGCCUCGGCCUCUGUGGCCGGCGCCCCCAUCUCCUCCCCGCUCCACGCCCACGCCCCGGCCACGCCCACCGCCACCAGCGUCACGCACGGCUCCGGCAUCGACCGCGUGGAAGAGGAGGACGGGGCCAGCGCGUAACCCGCGGCAACGGGGAGCGGGAACCUCCUGACGGACAGACUGGUGAUUUGUGAUUGGCUCAGACUUGCAUGAGUGUGUGUCAGACGUGUGUGUGUGUGGUGUGUGUGUGUGUGAGGUGCAGACUGCGGACAGCUGAUCUGACGUCUGACGUGAGACACACCCGGAGGAUUUCUCUCUCGUCAGAAGUGGGGAAGGCGCUAACUUGACCACUACGCACCUCUUGCCCCCUCGGGUCGUCCGCUUUGAACAGCUGGGUGUGUAAGUGUGUGUGUCACUCAGACCUAUGGUGGUCCCCCCUGUGACGCACACAAAGACCCACCCACACACACACACACACACGACACUGCUGUGUCCUGACUGCUGAUCCAAUAAGACUUGAUGUGUUUUCUACUGUGAAUAUGACAAGGGGAAGCUGGAAGGCAGUAAUGUAUGUAUCCAAAACUGUAAAAGCCCCACAUUUUGGGGGGCUUUUCAUUGCUACUGUUUGCCUACUGUAUGAGCUGGACAGGUCUACUGUCUGUUCCUACUGUUUAAUGAGUUCAACUGGCCUGCUAUCUAUUGGUGCUGUACUGUGACUGGAGAUUAUAGGAAGGAGAGGGGAGGAAGAACGAGAGAAGUUGGGGAGAAAGCCCCAAGAGGAGGAAAAGAAGGAAGAGGAGAAGGGAAAGAGGAGAAGAGAAGACAAGAGGAGAAGAAAGAAAAGAGAACAGAAAGAGAGAGGGAAGGAGAGAAAAAGACUAGAGCUAGAGUAGAGCAGAGAAAUGAGGAGAAGGGGAGCGGAGUGGGGGGUAGUUAGUAGGCAGCUGUCUGGAGAUCAGACCAGGAAUUUCUCACCUGCUGCUGAAGGGUCCUCUUCCCCUCCAGAUUAGCACGUUGCCACUGAACCUGAGUCAGCAUCAAAGCAGAUCUGCGCUCCCCUCGGUGCAACAUAACACCACGCCAGACCCCUCCCUCUCUCUCUCCUUAUCUCUCUCUCUCUCUCUCUCUCUCUCUCUCUCUCUCUCUCUCUCUGUCUCUAUACCCCCCGCAGACUCCGUUAGGAGCUCAAAGGUUUUGACAGAGAGGAGCGAGAAGGAGAAGGAGAAGAAGAGGGGGAAGAAGAGAGCGAGAUGAGAGGGAAAUGUGUGUGUAGGUUUGAGAGAGGUUGCUGUAGAUGUUCCAGGCUCAGGGCUUUUACAUGGGCCCAGCAGCUAGUGGUUGUGUUCAAAUGUCAGAAGAUUAUGGAUUUGACUGGGUUACAAACUUUGAUAUGUGUGUAUGUGUGUGUGUGUGUGCGUGUGUGUGUGUUGUGGCUUGCAUGCGAGUGUGUCUGUGCUCACUCUCUAUAGUGCUUUAACUGUGUGUGCCCUGGCACUUUUCCUCAGCGAUUUCUGCUCCACAAACCUCAACGCCGGAUAUGCUCAGUCAUAUGCCCUCUUGCCCUCCACCCCCCCCCCCACACACUCUCCCUUGCUCUCUUGCCCCCACACCACCCUCCUCCCAUCUCUCACGCCCCUGGACCAUUCCUCUGAGCCUACCUCAUGAGUUUGGGGCUGGGGGGGGAUAAGUAUUUUCCCUACACAAGGGCAGAGGGGGGCCUCUGGGUGUACUCCUGACCAGGCAUAUACAGUACACACCUGGACCACCUAGUACCCUAGAAGUGAACCCGCAACUUUUUUGGGGGCUAGCAUGUAGUAGCCCGAGAAGUUGUGGGUUCAAUUCCCAGCUUCCACCAUUGUGCCCUUGAGCAAGGCGCUUAAUCCUGAGUUGCUCCAGGGACAAUGGCCCUUGUAAUUUAAUAAUAACAUGGAAGUCUCUUGGAUAAAUUAAUCCAAUGAAUCCAAAAUUAAUAAUAAAUGUCUAAAAACUAGUGGUAAAAGAGAUGACAAGUCCUCAAUCUUUACUGUUAUGGUUAAUUUUUUUUAAUCAAACAUUAUUAGAUCAAACAUUUUAGACUAGUAAAAUGUUAGAUUGAAUAUUAAAAUAUUAGAUUAAAAGCCAUCAGUUGUAGAAUUUUUUUUUUAUAAGGACUUUAAAUAUUACGACGAGCAACAGCCAGAUCAUUUCAGUGGGCAGGUGGAAUCCGGUGUGCACUAGCUUGGUUGGAGUGAAACUCCGGGGCGUCCUUGGCCUUGUGUGUGGAGGAGACCACAUCCAUCCCCAGCCCCGACCUCCACACUCGCCUUCUCCACUCGCCCCUCACAACGGUGUGGAGGUCCAAGACAGGUCCACAGACAUGAAGAAUCCAAGCGUCCACGUUUUGGCUCCCGCCUGCAGGCUUUGCCUUGUUGUGCCAUGCUGCUUAGGCCAAAGAUUGUUAAGGGUGGAGCAAGAUCCCCCCCCCCCCCCCCCCCCAUCAGAAGCCACUUCCAGGAACCCGAAUCGCACAAGGGAGCAGGGGGGUUAAAAACCCCUUUAUGCAAAGCAGAGGCCAUAGACUUCAAUGGAACACUGCUCUGGAUAAAGGGGGAUUAUUAUCGACCCCUCCACUCAUGUUUUACGGAUUCCUGGAAGUGGCUUCUGAUGGAGUAUCUUGCUCCACCUUUGCCAUCUUCUGAUGGAGUAUCUUGCUCCACCUUAACCAUCUUUGCUUAGUCUACCUGUUUGGAGUACUAUGCGGGACCUUUGAAACCACUGACUCGUCUGAACUGGACCUCCACACCUAGCCCUGGUGAACAAGUGCUCUACUGUCUACUGUGUGUGCUACUGUGACUUUUUAUGCAAAACCUUCAGAAGAACCACGGAAAGCUCUGGAAGCGACGCAGCUCAUUGUGCUACUCUGCUGCCUCAGCUCCAGAACGUCCCUCCUCCUAAACCACUCCCCCAAGUGCUCACGUCCAUACGCAGCUUUUGGCGCCCGGUCAGUGGGUGCCUCUCAUUUGGUCUUUUUAUCCUCCCUUCCUUCCUCGAUCCUCGUCCUCACUGAUCUAGAUAAAGAAUGAUGGGGCGGCAACAAUGGGAUAGUCUACCCAGUGUUAGUUAUAGAUCAGUGGGAACGCCCAUCGAGGAUCGAGUAGAGAGUUUGAGAGCCACCCAGUGUCUUCAACACGGCUCCUCCGCCAGGAACAUGUCACGUCACAUCACGUCACGUCACCCGGAACGCGUCCGUCACUUGUGCCAAAUGUGACGGAGAGACUGAUCGGAAUCGUGAAAAACAUCAUCGUGGAGACGUCAUGAAGACAUAAGCAACUGUGCUUUCUGAUGAGCGUGUGUGGAAUUUACAUGUAAUUUAAUUAAAGAUGUACAGUAAAGCGCUAAAUGACCUAAUUGUGCUCAGUGGUGUAUAAAUGUGGGUAGAGGAAAUUAACCCAAACUGAUGGGUUUGUUUGUCCGUUGAGAGGAUGAAAGUGUGUGUGUGUGUAUGGUUGCAUCAUUUCAGUGCCUGCUAGUGUGUGUGUGUGUGUGUGUGUGUGUGUGUGCGCGUGCUGUGGUGAUCAAUUCACCUUGGUGAGAACACUUCUAACCUGGGAAUGGAUGUUGUUCUGAAGUGAAGUGCAUCAGGCAGUUGGAGUCAAAGCUGGUGUGUGUCCUUGGUGCUGCAGAGAUAGGCUAGUCUUCAUGGCACACGGAACACCUCAACCAAAUUGUUCCGUCAUAUUGGUAUUGAACUGUGGCACGUCUACGUACUGUACCAGAUCCGGAAGCAUCUGUGAACUAUGAUCAAUAGAUGGCUGUGCUGACUGCUGGUUGUCCAGUAUAAAUGAUUAAAUAUAUAAAAUAAUAAUUGUUGCAUUGUCAAUUUAAAAGCCCUUCAGUUGUCUGAGGAUUAUCUUGAUGAAUAAAAUCUGAAUGUUGGAUGAGGGUUGGAAUUAAUCCUACAGACAGCUGUGAAUGCAAAUACUGCAAGAUCAUGCCUGGAUAUAUCCUUCUCAAAAUUAUUCCACAAUCAACUGACAGCCAAUUAAUCAGUUAACCGCCUGCGUUGUUUCAAACAAACCGUUCACCGAAUUCUGCCCAGUUGGAACCCUGUCCAGAAAUCCCCAACUCUCACUUGGGGUUGGUCUCCAUGGAGAUGGUUCAGUAUCCCCAGACCCUCCUCCUGGCUUUUCCAAAGUAAUGGAAUAUUAAUAUCCUUCUUGCAGUUUCUGUUUCCACAUGAAGCAAAAUAUGGAUUUUUUUCUGUUGUUGUACAGAAAAUGUUGUUUAUAACUGGUUUUAGCACUUUAACUGUGGCUAGGUGUUGAAUGUGUACAGUAUAGAUGUUCAGUUAUAGGGCGAUGCAAGAUUUCAUUAAAAAUACUUUUUAAGAAAUCCUUU